AUGGACACACUUGGGAAAGAUUUUGAUGCCGAGCUUCAGACUGCAAAGAACAUUAUAACAGAAGAAAACCAUGAUAUACACCGCCUAGAAGGUGGUGACAGCACUAUUGAGGCCCAAGAGGAACUGAAGAAAAAAAAAGCAGACUGUCGCCCAGGUUUUAAUGUUGCCUUUGAUAACAUUGACAUGGAAAUUAAAACUAAGAACAUGACAAUGGUCAAUCAAAAUAAGGACAUUCACUGGACCAAUCAUCGUAUGGUAAUAAACAGGGUAUCUGGAAAUUCUCAUUCAAAUAAAGGACAAAAGGGAGAUCUUUCCAAAAUUUCUAACUUAAAAUUUUUACCAUCACAUAAUGACAUGAAAAGUCAAAGAUUCAACUACAUCAUUCUGGUGUCAAGAAUUUUGGUAGAGUGUUUUGAUGCUUUUUAUCAAUUAAAGGAUGUUUGUAUCUACCACAUUCCACAUAAAUUCAGUAAAGAAAUGUCUCAAAAAUCAAGAAAGGUAUAUAUCAUUCAUCUUUUUAGCUGGAAAUCUUAGUUAGUUCUUUAACUAAGAUGCAAUGCACUCAACUGUUCUCUAUUUUAUAAUUUUACUCUCACUGUAUAAUUCCAGUAAGGUCGCAGUGCUCGGAACGUUCGUUCUCAUUGGCUGAUUGUUUACCCCCUGUAGCCAAUCGUAGUGUCACAGAUCAGAUCAAACCAGGGUCACAGGGUUCAUAUUUCUCUUCCUUCUCACUGAACAAGCUCUGUGCAAAAAAAAACGAAACAAAAAAGCUGUAGUUCUGUGUAUCAAUAAGAACAAGUACUGCAUAAAAAAUACUAACGAAAAAAGCCUCUGUGGAGGACGUGCUUGAAAACGGGAUGGACAAGGAAAAGGUAUGUUUGUGUGCUAGAUUUUUAAUAUUAAAAGUCAAGGCGCGAUGUCAAUGAAAUUUGCUUCUUGGCAGUGUGCAUAAUUUUAUUAACUGUAGAUUCUCCAUAUUCAAAACCAUCAGUAUAUGUAUUAUAUAUAGCAUGCAUUUUAAAUUACUGCACGUUUAUAUAGUGAGACUGAGAGACAUACUAAUAUAAAUAUUCAUGAGUGUAGUGUCAUAAGUGUAUAUAAAGUGAGUCUACAGUAAGUUUAAUACCUCAGUUUAAUACAUGAUACCGGAUUCGCGUCAGAGCAACAUCAACUAUAUGUUUUUGUUUAAUUCUGUUAUGUUAUAAUUUUAAGUGCUAAACUCACCUUGGAACAGUAAAAAAUGAUGCCGAUACGAAUUGGGUAUCGUGUAUAUAAAAACUUGGGUCUUAUAAAAUAUAAAGUAUAAAGACUGGCAAAUGAUGUGGUUGUGCACACCCGCGCUAGGUUUCAAAUGUCAUCGUUUCCUGGCUGUGUGCAUGACUAUGUCUAUAUAUGUCUAUGACUGUAUGAUUUUUACUGUAGAUUUUACUUACACACGCAGACUGUUUUUCAAUACGCACUCCCAUAUUUGCAUGAGACAUAAUAUUCAUGAGUGUAGUAAAACAUACAGACUUCAAGACUUUUACAGACUUCAAGACUAGAUAUUUUCCACAUGAUAUAAAACUACCACAUGAUGUCGUUGUGCUUAAUAAGAUUUCAGAUGUCACUGUUUCCUGUCUGUAUGCAUGAUUUUUAAUAUUAUUUAUUUCACUUUAUAUUUAUCCCUUAGAAAACUAAUAUUUUGUUUUUAUUUAAUUUUUAAAUUACAGGAGUCUACUGCUACCUGGACCCAACGUGGUCAAGGCUCUUGCAGUGGCUGUGGCUGGAAAUAUCAUUGCCGGUACAAACCUUUCCAUUGCCCUGAGUGUAACAAUGAGUUAGGCGGCUCGUAUGUUCCCAAAAAGAAGAAACGUCCCCUGGUACCAAAAUGCACACUUGUUGUACAGACAGGCGAAGUAUGUAUUUAUUCUGCCAAUACUAGCACGCAUGAUGAUCGGUGUUUAGUCAUUAAACAAGAUAAAUCUUUGAUGUGCCAUCAUAACAUCUGCAAGCAGAAGAGAGCUAUCCAUAUCAACAGCCAGAAUGUGGAAGAUUUUAAUUGCAAUCAUCUGGAAAAGAUCCAAGAAUGCACCACUCCACUGAAAACGUUUCAGAAGCUCCUUGAUGAUUUAUACCCAUGUGAUGAAAACACAAGAGCAAGUUUAAAUGAGCUUGCUGCAGAAUGCAAAGAAAUUGGUUUCCCAGUGGCAAUACAUGUUUCUCCCACCAUGUAUUGUGUAUUUGGCAGAGCUACUGCUAAUGAUGCUGCUGGCUAUCGCCAUGUACGGGUAACUGACACAGAGAUCAAAUGCUGCUCGAAAGACUGCAAAUCUUCAAUGGUCAGAGGCAAACAACAAAAAUCCAGGAGAAUAUGCAUACACAUCCAUGUGUUGUUGUCCCUAGGCAUUUGUAAAGGCUCAGAAAAUGCAGAUGAUCCUUUGGAACAAGUACCAUCAAGCAGUGAAGAUAGUGGAAAUCUAAUGCCACGCAAAGCAACAAUUGACUUGAAAAUGAAGCGCACACUACCAUAUAGAAUACCGUUGGCCAUCAUACAACAGGCAGGAAAAAUGGAUGCACAUCCAUCAGGUUGGCAAUGGACAUUUGAACCAGAGCAGAAGACGUGUGACCUUUGUAAUGGUGAACUAAGCCAUUCAAAAGUCCACCCAGGGAAGCGUGGCAGAUCAGUUUUGAUCACCAACAUGCAUCCAUUUAAAACAGUGGAAAUUUAUGUUAAAACAUGUUCCAACUGUUCUGCAAUGCAUCAAGUAUUUCCAUAUGAGUUUGGUAAGUGAGUAGAAAUUGUUGUACUACUGAAGCACAAAAUAGGAAAGUAUAGCAGAAGUGUAACUCGGUGUUUACGUCCAUGAAAAUUUUAACUCGCUCACACCAAUCCAUGCCAUCCUGGCAGUAGUAGUAUUUACCCAGGCUGACCUCGUCAACCGAAGCUGAUUUCCAUGGGGGGCGUGUGCUAGUACAGCCGGACGUUUUUAUCAGGUUUUGCAGGGUUUUCAGUUUAGGGCGGCGAACAGCGAAUUUCACCAGACUUUUUCAUUCAACCCACCGAAAUUUGCCAGAGCUUGUACUUUAGUCACGUCUCUAUUACAUGUACUCGCCCAAAUUUGUAAAUUCUAUCGGUAGAAAUGAUAUCUAUCGCCAUGGUUUCAUUGCCAUUAGCCAGAGCCUCACACAAAACUAAAAACCCUGGUUUUGAUAGGUACAAAGUGCCGGUUGUACUAGCCAGGAUGGCGUAAUUGACGAUGAUUUGCUUGUAAAAAUGCAGACAAAUACUUGCUUGAGUGAGACUUCUGGUAUACCUUCCUAUUCUUUGACUGAAGUAUGUAAUAUUAAAGAUGCUGUAAAUGUCUGCCUAGAGGUUAUUUUGACAAUUUUUGUACAAAAUAUCCAGCUAAUUUGGCAUCUUGACAUAAUUCAAAUGUCAUUACAGUACUGUAGGUAUAAAAACAUGUGAAAUUCUGAAAGCUGUUUGGCAAAAUAAUCCAUAAUUACAUUGUACAAUGAGGCUGUUUUUCUAUAAAUGGAGUAUAUUUCAUUCAAACAGUAUAGAAAUUAAAUUUAAAACAUGUUUUUCACGGCUCACCUAUUAGCUCAUACAUUAUAUUAGCAGCUUUCUUAAUUUGUUUGCUGUAUUUGAAAACAUAUGAAAACUGAGAAUAACAUUCUACAACAGUUGAACAUUUUUCAAAAAUAUUUGUUAGAUAAAGUUUGUUGAAAACAUAUUUGAAAAUAUCUUUUCAUGACAAAAUGCUAUAAAAAAACAGAGGGUGUGGAGACUUUAGCGGCAUCAUAUGUAAUGUGUUAAAUUACUGUGCAACCAUAAUGUUAAUUAUUAUCAAAUUUGUAAUUUGUAGGUUUAUUCAAUAUAUGUGAUAAAGUGCUGGUUUCAUUUGAAAUAUUGCUUGAAUGGAGACGGCUUUUUCGCAGAGGAGUCCCUAUUUCUAUUGCAAUAAAGAGCAAACUAGAAGCAAUGGUUGAAAGAGUCGAGGUAUGUGUGUAUAAUGAUACAUAUUGUUUUGUUUUAGAGGUUUAUCCAUUUAUUAAACAUUGCUUGUUACUGUAAAUAUCUUCUUUAUUGGAUAGUUCAUUCCCAGGAAUUGCAGCAUUUUCUUAUAAUAUCACUCACAUUGACAGGCAUAUUCACAUAAGUGGCUAUAUUAUAAAUAUACUGUAGGUAUACAGAUGUAAGAUCAUGUUCAAAAUAAGACAAAAAUGUCUAAAAUGAUGGCAGGCCCAGGACACAGCUACAGUAUUCAAUACUACAGUAUUGAUUUGAUGAACAUUCUAUGAUUUCGGUUAUUGAUGCCAUUUAUUAAGCCAAGAAUAGUUACAGUAUAAUAAAGCCAUGUGAAGUUUUGCCACACCAAACUGUGAAAAUGUAGCUAAGAAUAUUUAUUUGAUAUCCCCUGCAAGAAUCCAUUAUAAGACGAAAAUUUAUUUCAUUUACUGUUAGGAGUCACCAACUAAGAAUGAGCUGGAAAACAUUGCAACACAUCUUUACAAUGGCUUCUACUGCUUUGAAGCAAUUACUGAAAGAAACUUGGAUGAUGGAAUAUGUGGGAUAUGUGGUGUUAUAGGUGAAGUCUACUUUGGAGAUGGCAAUGAAAAAAAUUGUUGUGACAUCAGCGAGGUGUGUUCAUACUGACUAUUUAAAGGGUAUUCGCAUUUUGAAAGAACACUUUAAAAUAUUAUUUUAAAAGGUUUAUUUUAAAUAUUAUUUUAAAAGGUUUUGAACAUCAUUUUAAAAGCUUUUUUUUCAAAUUAAAAUCUAGUAAAUUUUCACUUUUAAUAGUAUCAACAUAUACAGUACUAUUAUUAUACUGCAUUGUACUUACAUGUGCUGUAUACUUACAUUUCAAUAAAGUAAAGCAGUGUAAGUAGAGAAGUGAUAGCCAAGUCUACCUGAAAAUAAAGCAAAACAACAUUUGACAUUUUGAACGAUUAGGCUCUUUGUCUCAGGGCUGCAUGGUCAAGCAGUUAUACCCAAAACACUUUUUUUCAAAAAGUAUUUUGAAAAUUACUGUAUGUCUUAUCUGAAAAUUUAAAAAACUGUUGAUGUCAUUGAAAAGUAGUCAAAAAGUAAUACUUAAAAUUAUUUCGAUUGUUCACAGAUUGAAUACAAACCCAAAAAUGACGAAGAAUCUGCGGAAACAGGUUCAACCUCUCUUGAAGACUUUUUGGAAAUGUUGAAAAGACGCUGGAUUGAAUGUACAACAUACACUCGAUCUGCAAAAUUCAAGACUCACUUCUCUGAUAUCCCACCAGUUAUAGCUCCAGCAAUGAAAGGUCCAGUGAUUAUAAAUAGUGAAGCAGAAAAAAAAAGUAGUUUCCUUAAACAACACGGAAAACCAAAUGAAGGUGAGUUUUUUAGAUUAAAAUUAUGAAAUGUAUGUACAGAAAUGAAUGUGUACUGUUAAUUAUUAUGGCAGUUGCAAACAUGUAUAUACAUAUAUUGUGCAUGUAGUAGCUUGGUUUUAGUCACAUGAUAGUUUAGCGCUUGGUGGUCAACUCAAAAAGGAAACACAGUCAAAAAAUAUUUUGAUUUUAGGUCUGUAUGAAUUCCAAUUUGGAUGUGUAACUAGACUUCAUUGCAAUGUGCUUAUAUGUCUGCGUUGUAAGUGUUGUGUAUUUUUCUUUCAUUGACGCAGGUGACCUAGCUCUUUUGCAUCACAAUAUAUGUAGCAAGAGUAUUGACAUGAGCAAGAUUAAAGAGUUGGACAUCAAUUCAUUGAAACAGUUAUGCCAGUUGUGUGGAAUAAGUACGUCUAACAAAUCUAAGGCAAGUCACUAAACAUUAAAUCACUUUUAUUCUACAGUAUGAUGUGCAUGCAGCCUAAUGCACCUUGCCUAAAUGGAGCCCUAAAAAUAAAGUUUAAAAGGUGAGCUUUCAUCCUCACUAUGCAUGUCUAUCAAGCAAUAACAUAUACUGUACUACGGUACUGUACUAGAAAAAAAUGAAAGAAAUAAAGUAAAUGUGAAACUUAUAAUAGUUUUGUUUGUGGAAACACCACGUAAAUUUAUUUGGUGUUACCUGAUGCGCCCUGCUUUACUAUUUUACUCUGUAUAACGCCAGAAUACAGAUUUUGCUCUGUCUUACGCCAGACAAUUUCACUUGUGAAGGGAAGAGUACUGGUACUUAUUAGGUUAACUGGCCUCAUGCGUCUAGUUAACCUGUUGAGUCGCAUUGCGCCCUGAUAUGCCUUUUACUCUGUCCAACCCCAGAUUAUUUUACUCUGUCAAGGGGAGAGUGCUAGGCACUUAGUGGAUUAAUUAAUUAAUUUUAAAAUUGUCUAUGUUUUUACUUUUUUAGGUUAAAAUGGAGAUUGAUCUUCAGUCACUGUAUGAAACCCUUCUUGUUGGUACUAGUCCUUGCCAUGGUUUUACUAAGGUUCCAGGCCAUACUGGUGGCUUUUACCAUGUUGUGUGUCGUCAUGGAGUGAGUACAGUACAUUGAAGUCUGGCCUUAAAAUGCGCAGUAUCCAUUUAAAGGGGACUUCAGGGUUUUUUUCAGGGAUUUUUUAGGGCCGUUAAACGGCCCCAAAAACUCAAUCUUGAAUUGAGUUUUGAAACUCAAUCUUCUCACCAAAGUUUCAGUGCAGUAAAAAUGAAGUUGUUUGAGUUAAAUUCGUGAUGUGUGGAAAUUAAUUUUCAGUUGGAAACCCAACAAUUAAGAAAAAAUGGCUGGAAUUCAUCUCACAACACAAGAAAAACUAUGCAUUCGCCAUCUUUAACCAGUUUGUAGUGUCCCUUAGUGCCCCUGCUUUAACACAUUCCGUCUCAACUACAUUUAUUGAGUACAGGUGUCAGCCCCCUGGUGGGGUGUGGGGGUGGGGUGGUGCAGCCACCCCAGCUGUUCAGCUAAACUCAAUCUUCUCUGCAAAAACGGACCCAAGAGAAAAUCCUGAAAAAAAACCUGGACUUAGAUUUAGUCAUAAUGAUGUGUUCAAGGGCAGAUUUCCAUUUUUCUUCAAGAAGGGAUGGAAAAUUUCUAGUGGAUGCAAGCGGCAGCACUAAGCAAGCUUUUUACAGGGGUCAGGCAUUAGGUCAAAGACUUUUGUGGGGUUGAAGAGUGGUUCCACAUAUUUUCUAAGGGUGGGGGGGGGGGUGGCAAAAUUUUGGUGGGGUUAAACACUUUAUAAGAGGGGUUAGAGUCAUGAAUGGUGUAUUGAAUACCCUGCAUAUGGGCAUUUUACUCUUAAGAUGCAGUACUUGUAAUAUCUGUAUCAGCAUGCUCAGGUAUGUUAAUGCCUGGGUCUCAGUUUGUGUAUUUAGCGAAAAUAGACAAAAAAUCAUAAAAAAAUAAGUAUGGCCUUGAUUAUUACCAUUCAAGUUUUAUAUGAUUUAUCAAAGAAAAUUCUGAAAGUUGACCUACUUUUCGUUGUCAUGGCAGCGAUCACGUGAUGUAUAUUUCGAAAAACAACACAAAAAUUGAUACGUUUUAUUCAGAGGCUCUGCAGCAGUAUAAUUCGUGACUGAGAGAACGCAGAAUUGCGAUAAUCAUUCACAUAUAAUAUCACUGUUUAUUGAAUGAAUCUGGAAAGUUUACAUUUAGGCUUCGUUUCAUUAUUUUAUGCGGCUAUAUUACGAUGAUCGGCAUCAAACGAAUGUUAAUCGCGUCAUAAAUGUAAAAAUAAAUGUACGAUUUCCAAAUUAACGCAGGAAACUUUGUUCCCUUGUUAAUGAUUUUAGCUAAUAAAAAUAGCAAAAUUUCGUCAAAUUACCCUGCUGCAAGUCGAACGUGUUUUUCGUGUGAUGAAUUUCACGCGCCAUAAUGACACAGUCUGCCGCUUAUUGUAAGGGAUAUUAUAUUUCCAAUAACAACAUUCAUUGCGCAUUCAAGCCAAUAUCUUGAAGCAUAGUUAAUGCAUGCCAUGGUGGAAAAGACCGACUAAACUGUCCGUGCUAUAAUUAAUUUAUAACUCACAAGCAAUUUUUCAUUGAAAAUAAGAAACAAUUAAUACUGAAUAAUUGCAAGAUAGCGCACUAUAAGAAGCUUUUAUUUAUCAGCAGUUCAAAGGUCAGCUGUCGCAAAUGAUACAAUACUUAUUGCUAUACAAAUAGCCAAUUAUUACAUAAAAACUGAAUAGUAUACCGACUUCUUUGCAUUGUAUAUUCCAAAAUAAUCAUAUAUACUAUAUUUUGAUUUGAAGCAAACGCCCGAAUUCACUAAAAUACUCACACAAGGGGCGCAUAUUAUAACAGACGCAUUACUGACAGAUCGCGCGUGCAACACGCGCGCAAGAUAUUAUCCAAGCGUGGGCAGACCCAGGCAUUAACAUGCCUGAGUGCAGAUAUUCAUUUUUAUUUAUGCCUAUGUUUAGGUUACAGCAGCAUCGAAGUUUCUAACGUUACAAGAAUCGGGCGGGAUCCUGUCGAUUUGUAUCUGUCAUUCGGAUACGUUCCUCUGGUUUUCCUUUGCGACACAGCAUGUGGCUUUGUGAGGCACCUCGAAUGUCGUGACAAAAAUACAAGCCAACAACUUUGGGGAAAGUUCAGAGGAUGUUUUGAGGAGCCAUCAUUGGACAAAUCUCCAGACACUGUAUGUUUAUUUGCCAGCUUAAUUUGCUUUCAGGUGGUAGUUUCUGCUACUGAGGAACGCUACACCAUUACAAGAAUUGCCCAACUUGUCAUAGAAACAUUACUUUGUUUAUGGACUAUUUGUCAUAUUAUUCAACUUGUUCGGAUAUAAUUCCAGACUUUUAGUAUACAGUAAAUUUACUUAAAUUUACUGCUCAUUCCUCAUAGGGUAUGAAUGUGCCACUCUUAAGCACGGCAGAAUAUCGAUUGGAGAAUGUUGAAACGAUACAGUCCAGUGACACCUUGAUACACCCAUGUACAGGCUCAUCAAGGCGAUAUGUAUUGGGUGACAGAUUUCACACUGCUAACAACCCCCACAAGUCCCCGCUAUGUGAAUAUCACAACAUCAAUCUGUUAGAACAGUCAAAUUCUAUCAAAACAAGUUACCAAGAGUCGGAAAACAACAGAAAGAAUGUACGUCGCUUAAGAAGUUCUUGUAUGCAGAAUUUUUCCACCCACUUUUUUUACAAUUAUUUAAUGGACUUCUACCAAAAUACGGAGAUUGUGAGAGAGCAGUAUGAUAUUGCAUGUAAACAACUCAAAACUGGCCAGAAAGUAUGUCGAAAUGCCUACAUGCAAUUUGUUAUAAUGGACAGCUAA